GUUUCGACAGCCAGACAGGAAGAUCAAACGGUGAUGGCGGUGAUUAUCGGUGUCCUCCUAGCGGUGGCCAUCUUGCUGGGAGUAGCCAUGCUGGUGAUUGUGCUUCGGCAACGUCAGCGCAAAUGGCUAGGUAGCCCUCUGGCAGCCAAAGGGCCUCUCAUCACCUCGGGCAGUCCUCUGCCGGGCAAGGGCCCUUUUCUGCCUUCCGGGAGCCCUCUACCAUCGAAGGGAUCCUCGAUCAUCACGCCGGCCGGCACCACAGCUCGGGAUAAGGCCACCUCUACACCGGACACGGCGCUCCUAUUGGACCUUCCUCUCGACGAAUACCAGGAGCCGCUGCAUCACUACUGCUACAGCAGUCUGCUCAGGGAUAAGACCAUCCAACCAAGUGAUGUGAGCCACGAGUACGCCGUGCCUGAGGUUGGCAACAACUCAGCCGGCUCCACUCUGCUGAUCAAACCCCAAGUGCCUCCCCCCUCUCUGCCACCCGCCAGGGGAACCGCUCCCAAAACUAUCAAGGUAAGCUAUUUUAACAUCACUACUACUACUACUGCUACUAAUUCUACCAAUGUUUUCACAUCAUAGCAUACUAUAAUCAAU